UGAACUGAAAAUUAGAAUAAAAAAUAACUCUCUGGGACUGCUGAUAAAAUCAAAUUUACCCACCAUUCGAUCUGCGAGUUACGAUUGGCUGCGAAACGAAGAAAUUGACGAUAAAGCAAAAACAUUUCAGUAUUCUCUCGCCCUAAAUUCUCUCUCUGCGCAUAAGUCGUCGAACUUCUUUGCUAGUUUCAUCUCCAAUUUUAUCCGGAAAUGAUCCGAUUUAUUUUGUUACAGAACAGGCAAGGCAAGACUCGUCUCGCCAAGUAUUACGUUCCUCUUGAGGACUCUGAGAAACACAAGGUCGAAUACGAGGUUCAUCGGUUGGUGGUGAAUAGAGAUCCAAAGUUCACCAAUUUCGUUGAGUUUCGCACGCACAAGGUAAUCUAUAGGCGGUAUGCUGGGUUGUUCUUCUCAUUGUGUGUCGACAUAACGGAUAAUGAGUUGGCAUAUUUGGAGUGUAUCCAUUUAUUUGUGGAGAUAUUGGAUCAUUUCUUCAGCAAUGUGUGCGAGCUAGAUUUGGUGUUUAAUUUUCACAAGGUUUAUUUGAUACUUGAUGAAUUCAUUCUUGCUGGAGAGCUUCAGGAAACAAGCAAGAAGGCAAUCAUAGAGAGAAUGGGAGAGCUGGAGAAGCUAGAGUAAUUAUUCUAUACUGCAAGAGUGUUUAAAAGUCUGCAAUUUGUUUUGUAAUUGUUUCCUUUUGUGGGUGAUAUUGGUUUGUCAUUCUGCACAGCCUUCUCACCCGUGAAUGUCCAAAACAGAAAGAUUAACAAGAAAAUAUUCUUUGUUUUAAGAAGCGCUAUAAUCUGUCAGCAUUUUUCCUCCCCCUUUUAGCUGUUUGUAACAAUUGCAGCGAUAGAUGAUCAUUCUGUAGGCAAGGCUGUAUCUGGUACAUUAUCAUAUCUUGAGAAGACCUCAUUUGUGAUUGGAAAGACAUUAUACAAUUGAACUGUUUCUAGGUGCUACAUCUAAGAAAAUGUCAAUGUUCUGCA